UCCGUAUUUGAAAUUUCUUAAAUAUUUUGGCAACAUUUUGCAACGGUCAAAUACUAUUAUUCCAUUUAAAAGCUCAAUCUUUGUCGACUUCUCCCUCGCAGAAUAGAGAGAAAGAAGAAGAAGAGAAAGAAAAAUGGCAUUUAUUGAGAAGAUUCACUGCGUUGAAUCGUAUUCUGACACUUAUGAUUCCGACGACUCGCAAGAAGAUCCUACCUUCGGCAUUCUUGAAGAGACAAAAUCGAAAAUUUCAAGCCUCUCCAUCAGUAGUAAGAAAACUGAAUCCAGGCGUGGUGUUUCCGAUGUUAUUGAUGAGAGUGAUGGGGAAGAACCAGACGCCAUUGAUGUUGACGGGAGUGAUCAGAAGAGUUAUGAGAGUGUUCAAAACAUGAUUCUAGAUGGUGAGAUUGAAAAGCUAAAAAUUGAUCAGUGCAAGGUCUAUUUAAGAAAGCAUGGAUUGAGAUUGACGGGCAACAAAGCUACGCUUAUUGAGCGUAUCAAGGAGCAUAUUGAUGUUGUCAAUGGUGGUGGAGAGAAGAAGUAUCCUGUAUCUAGUUUUAUAUUGAACUGCAAAGGUGAUGCAUGCACUGGAGAUGUUGUUUUGUUUGAACAAAAUGUAUAUGAAAUGUUCAAUAUUGCUUCCAGGAGCGCUAGUGCUCCUUCAUGCGGUACAAGGGUUGUUGCAGGAAGAAUUGUAAAAGAGAGCUAUGGCAUGGCAAAACAACAACAUACAUUUACUAUUGAAGUACUAUGGAGCAAAGGGGAGAAACCACUUCCUGCACUGCAUCCCCUCCUCAUCAAGGGAAGAAACCUUUAUCGGUUAAAAACAAUGAGACAGAGAUGGGAAGACGAAGGGCAACGGCAGAAAAUGUUGUCAGAAAAACAUGCAAGAGGUUCUGUUGCCCGAACAAAUAGGGAAGCACGAAUUGCAGAAAAGGAAAUGCGAAUGAAGCCAAAGUUGAAUAGGGUGAAGAGAGCAGAAUGGCAGAAGCAAGCACCAGUUAGAAGGCAUAUGGCAUCGAUGGACUUGGAGAAAUCAGGGAACGAACAUCAUAAUGAGCCACCACCAUCAUCUCAUGACAGGAUUCAUCAGAGGCAACCUUUGAGUGAUGCAAAUGUGAUGAAUCAGAGGCGGCAACCUUUGAGUGAUGCUAAUGUGAAUACUUCAGCCCCCUACAAUACACAAUAUGCAAGUUACAAUGCCCCAAGACGAGGAGGAGGAGGAGGAGGAGCAUUCCCUGGUGAAAACAUAAAUUCGAAUAUUCCGGUGCAUCCAACAAUGUAUGCAGGAAACAGAAAUCAUCCUAGUGAUCAAACAAGACCAAACUCCCUGCCCAAUAUUGUGAAGCAGCCAUGUCGAUAUUAUGCUCAAGGUAGAUGUUAUUAUGGGCACAAUUGCAAGUGGUUGCACUAGUGCAGUGACACCAACCUUAACCUUCUUGUAGGAGAAGAAGUAUUGCCUCAAUGCAUUUUUUUUUGAACUGAUUGAAUGA